ACUACCAGACUGCCUCUCCCUGUGGAGCACCCCACUGGCAAAUAUUGGUCGAACUUUGAAGACCCAGAAUGGUUUCCUCCAAAGAGUCGUUGAAAUAAAAGACCAACUAAAUAUUGCUUGGAAGACAGAAGACCUUAUUAGAUCACAGUGCCCUAUCGAAAAAGAGAGAUAUUCACUGGGUAUAAACCUAUGUCAAGAUGUUUCCAAGAGAGACACAAAUGAUCAAGUCUUAAAAUCUAUCGCCCUUGAGACUUUGUACUUACUGUAUCCGGAGAACGAAUGGCUAUAUAUAUUCACAGACGGCUCAAGUUUGGCUGAUGGCACUAAUGCAAGAGCCGGAGUUUCAUGCAACCUUUCUUCAUUUCACACCCCGAUCGGUUCGUCUAGAACAGCCUUCGAUGCAGAAGUAUCGGCAAUAAGCGUUGCUCUAUCACAACUACAGAAUCACCUUGAGAAAUUCAAUAACGUAGUCAUCCUCUCUGACUCCAAAGCCGCACUCCAAGCAAUUGCUUCCUCCAAAGCCCCCGCAUCUGAUGACAUUCUACAUUGUCGUCAAGCCCUUCACUGGCUUGACCAACACAACACAAAUGUCGCCAUGCAAUGGGUACCAGCGCACUGUGAACUUGAAGGUAACGAAACUGCAGAUUUCUUGGCCAAAAAAGCCGCCAAGGUUCUACAAAUAUCUCAGCCAGUUCCUUUCCACACCGCAAAAAGGCUAAUAAAAAUCUCUCUUCGAACAACAUUUGAGGCAAAACUCCAAGAAGCAAAUAAAGAUAAGGACUGGCAGGAAGGAAUAAAGAUAUUCCGUCAUGGCCAAGAGAAAAAUCUGUGGCCCUUUUUCGCCUUGCCACUGGCCAUGACUGUUUAUCAAAACACCUGUAUAGAAUCAAAAUCUUUUCAAGCCCCCUUUGUCCAUUAUGUAACCUACAAGAAGAAAUGGACGCUAACCAUCUGAGACGUUGGCCUGCACUUACUCCUGGGCCCUUGUGGGAACGUUAUUGGCGGGCGAGAUGCCUUAUUACAGACCUAUAGACUCUUUCCUUUUGCAGCUCUUGUUACCGUUUUUUGUUCUUUCUUUAUAUUGUUCUAAGCUACAAAUUUGUCUUUCAUGUCUGCCAUUGGAAAUAAAAAAAUAAGAAAAUUUCUAAUUUA